CACCGAGCGUAAAACUGGGGAGAACGGGCGUUUCCGCCGCUUUCCGUUUUCGCCGCGGUUGGGAAUUUGCCGAUGCGCCCUCCCGCGGACGGAAGCGGAGCCCUUUGAGGGCAGGACCGAGACGCGUUCUCCGGCAGGAAACAUGUCCGCGGGCCGGCCGUUCCGCGGGUGCGCCUGUUUCUUCACCGACAACAUCUUCGUGGGGCGGUUUGGGCUCCACGUGCGGUACCGGGACGAGGCGCAGCUCCGCCGGGACCACGGCCGGGCGCUGCGGGAGCGCGGCUGCCGGAGCGAGGAGCAGUUCCAGGAGGUGCUGAGGGAGAUUGAGGCAGAAGUGCAGAGGAGGAAACAGCUACCCCAGCAGUCAGUGGAACGCAGAGCCAUCAUCUCCAAGUGCUACAAACCAAAACACCCAGAGGUGUACACGCUGCAGGACUCCUUCCUGGCCCCAGAGUUUCUGGAAAUCGAGAGGUUCUGCACAUCUCCAGGUGCUGAUCUCCAGGGCCUCCUGAGCUACCUCGAGUCCUUCUCAGACAAGAGGAUCUAUCGGCUCCCAGUGUUCACAGAGCAGUUCUGCCAGGCCCUGCUGGAUGAGCUGGAGAACUUUGAGCAGUCAGACAUGCCUAAGGGCAGGCCCAACACCAUGAACAACUACGGGGUUCUGCUCGGCGAGCUGGGCAUGGACGAGCGGCUCCUGACGCCGCUGCGGGAGCGGCUGCGGCCGCUGACGGCGCUGCUGUACCCGGAGCUGGGCGGGGCCUGCCUGGACAGCCACCGAGCCUUCGCCGUCAAGUACGCCCUGCACCAGGACCUGGACCUCAGCUCCCACUACGACAACGCCGAGGUCACCUUGAACGUUUCCCUGGGAAAAGAAUUCACAGAGGGAAAUUUGUACUUUGGGGAGUUCAACGAGGACCCCAGCCCGGUGCCCCGGUACAUCGAGGUGGAGCACGUGUGGGGCCGGGGGCUGCUGCACCGAGGGGGGCAGAUGCACGGGGCGCUGCCCAUCGCCUCGGGGCAGCGCUGGAACCUCAUCGUGUGGAUGAGAUCAUCGGCCGUGCGCAACCGCCUCUGCCCCAUGUGCCGCAGGAAACCCGAGCUGGUGCCGGCCGAGGGCUUCGGGGACGGCUUCACCGAGGGGGAGGAGCAGCCCGAGACUGUCAGUGUGUGUGCCCUGGGCUAGCGGGGGGGAUUCCCCUCACCGAGCUGCCCAAAGCUCCUCCGUGACCUCCCAGGCUGCACAAGGAGCAGCUCUGACCUCGGGAAGGGGUGCAAAGCCAGCCCUGCCAGGAUUCCAGCUGGAACUCGGCUCCUGAGGGCUCGGGCUGGGACUGGGAGACUCUGCAAGCACAGAAACCCCAGCUCUGAUUCCCUGCAGGAGCUCUCUCAAUAUCUCCAAGUGCUCCAGGAAAGCAGCCAAAGCUCCCUGGCCUCUCUGCCAACAGCAGCACCCCGAGCCCGCUGGAAAUGGGGCAGAACGGGACAAUAAACCAGUUCUGGGCUGUUCUUAGGGCUCCUGUCCUCUGCUGCUGAGCGGGCCGGGAGGAUCUGCUCAGGAAUGAGACCCAGGUGGUUCAUAGUGAGCUGCUGGGAAUUGCCAUCACUGGGUAUUUGUGUAACCCAGGCUCAGAACAAUCCCCAGGAGCAGCACUGAUCCCCCAGGGGGGCUGAGGGAUCUCCCAACGCUCCUUGGGAGCACAAACUUCCCUUUCAAAGGUUUGGUGAACCUUAUUAAGCAGAGGCAGAGCUCUGGGAGCUACCUGCAGCACAGCAGAACUUCCCAGAGGAGGAUGAGAUGUACAUUUAACUUUGCUUUGGUUACAUGAGCCAGUGAAAAUAUAAAAUAACUCUGCCAAGCUGGGUGCAGCAGCAGACAAGGCCUGGGGCUGCUGAAUUUGGC